AUGCCCCGAAUGUUGGGCCUUCUUGGAAGUUUCUUGGCUGAAAGCAGCCAGAUUCUUACUGCUGCUCGAGAUUCUCAUGGGAUGAUGACAUUUUUUGAAACCAAUAAUAGAUAUGAUAUUAAAAACAAUCUGGACCCAGUGGUUUACAUCGUAACUGAGGACACAGACGACUUUACCAGAAAUGCUUACCGGACUCUAAGGCCCUUCGUCCUCCUCACCGACUGUAUGGGCCGAGAAAUCAUGACGAUGCAGAGACCUUUCAGAUGUACCUGCUGUUGCCUCUGUUGUCCCUCCGCCAGGCAAGAGCUGGAGGUACCGUGUCCUCCCGGUGUCACCAUUGGCUUUGUGGCACAACACUGGAACCUGAGCAGGGCAGUUUACAGCAUCCAGAAUGAGAAGAAAGAAAAUGUGAUGAGAGUGCGCAGGCCAUGUUCAACCUACGGCUGUGGUUCUGAUUCAGUUUUUGAGAAAGAGAAUAAGAAAGAGAGAGCACAAGCAGGG